CAUCUGCCCAUUACAUAUAGCGCAAUCCGCUCUCUCGUUUCACUCGUCCAACAUCCACAAAUAGUACCAAAUCAACCCACGCAGAUCACCACCAUGGCCCCGUCGUACCCAUCCGUCCAUGGCACGGCAGCCACGAUGUCGGGCGACAGCGACGACGCGCGCGCCCCGCACGUCGUGCUGCUCUCGUCGCCGGGCAUGGGCCACGUGGUGCCGGUGGCGGAGCUGGCGCGCAAGCUCCACGCCGAGCACGGCUUCACCGCCACGGUCUUCGCCUACGCGAGCUCCGACUCCGCGGCGCAGCGCGAAUUCUUGGCCUCCCUCCCGCCAGCCGUCGGCAGCGCGUUGCUCCCGGCCGUCCCGCUCGACGACCUCGUCGCGGCUGGGGCCGCCAUCGAGACGCUGCUCUCCGUGGAGGCCCAGCGGUCCGUGCCGGCCAUGACCGCCCUGCUCGCGGACAUCGGCAAAACCAAGAACCUCGUCGCCUUCGUGGCGGACCUCUUCGGCGCCGACACGCUCCCGGCCGCGCGCGCCGCGGGCGUGCCCGGGUACCUCUUCUUCCCCUCCAACCUGCUCAUGCUCUCCCUCAUGCUCCACCUCCCGCGCCUCGACGCGGAGACGGGCGGCGAGUUCCGCGACCUGCCGGACCCCGUCAGGCUGCCGGGGUGCGUGGCCGUGCCGGGAGCCGACAUCCUGCAGCCGCUCCAGGACAGGACCAGCGACGCCUACCGGUGGAUGCUGCACCACGGCGAGAGGUACCGCGACGCGGACGGGAUACUGGUGAACACGUUCGACGCCAUGGAGGCCGGCGCGGCCGCGGUGCUCCGGCGGAGCGAGCCGUGGCGCCCGCCGGUGUACCCGGUCGGUCCGGUGAUACGGCGGGCAGACGACGGCGAGGACGCCACAGGCUGCAUGGAGUGGCUGGACGCGCAGCCAGACAGGUCGGUGCUGUUCAUCUCGUUCGGCAGUGGAGGCGCGCUGCCCGCGGCGCAGAUGGACGAGCUGGCGCGCGGGCUGGAGCUCUCCGGGCAACGGUUUCUGUGGGUCGUGAGGAGUCCCACUGACAGAGGGGACGACCCUGGUGCAAACUACUACGACGGGGCAAAGAGCAAGGACUAUCCGCUGCAGUUCCUGCCAUUAGGGUUCCUCGAGAGGACGAAGGAGGUGGGCCUGGUGGUCCCGUCGUGGGCCCCGCAGGUCAGGGUCCUCGGCCACCGGGCGACGAGUGCCAUGGUAACGCACUGUGGCUGGAACUCGGUUCUCGAGAGCGUGAUGCACGGCGUGCCGCUGAUUGCAUGGCCUCUGUAUGCGGAGCAGAGACAGAACGCUGUGAUGCUCUCUGAAGAGAUAAAGGUAGCAAUGAGACCAAAGUCUCGAGGUGCACAAGGGUUGAUACUUGGAGAAGACAUUGCAGAGGUCGUCAAUGAUAUGAUGAACGGCAAGGACGGUGAAGCGGCACGAAAGAAGGUAGUGGAGCUUCAGGUGGCUGCGAGGAGUGGGCUGGCUCCGAGUGGCAUAUCCCACGACUCACUUCUGGAGGUGGUAAGGAAAUGGAAGGAGAACACAUGUUGAAAUUUUGCAUUGCAAUCUUGUGUAAUAAGCAACCUCACCGUCGUUAAAUGGUUGAUGUCUAAGUUCGCACUCAUCAUGGUUAGACAUUUGUAUUUGUAUGAAAAGUAAUGUAGAAUGAAACAAUGGUAUCAUGUCGAUUCAUAUUACUUGACGCUAAUAUAGAUAUAUCUAGACACAUUUUAGUUGUAGAUACAUCCAUUUAGCAUUAAGUAAUAUGGAUCGAGAUAGUACUAUAGAUUAAAUGGAAAUCUUUUACAUCUU